AUGUCCUAUGUUACUAAAAUUUUGUUAGUUUCUUGCGUGAUGCUAGUGCUACAGAGCGUUCUAACACAAAAUUUAACACGUCCACCUCGACCAACGCGUCCAACAAUAUCAACUCGUCCAACUCGACCAAUUAAUUCUACUCGUCCAACACGUCCAACUCGUCCAACACGUCCAACACGUCCAACUCGUCCCACUCGUACAACUCCACUACCUUGCAGUGCAGCUGUUAGAUGCUCAAAUGUGGAAGAUAUAGUUUGGGCUACAAGUGCUAAUAAAUGUUACGUCUUUCGUAAUGAGUGUCUCUUCAGAAAUGAAAACUGUCAACGUCAGAGUAGUAAUAAAAGAGUUCUGAGAAGUGUCACGAAGAGUCAAUGUCAAAAGAAGUGCGGUGAAAAUUGUACACGAAUCUUGCGCCAAAUUUCGAAUGAAUUUAAGUUCAGUUCAGAAAUAAAACUCGAAUCAGAACGUUGUGUUAAAAAGUUUUUUCUAAAAAUGCAGCAUUUCAAAAAAUAUUUAUUCGCUAUUGGAUUACUCUUCAAUGUGAUCCAUUAUAUCGAUGCAAAUAAUGACUCAACCAUUGAUAUAGCACCCGAACCGGUUCUAACCGGGUUUGCUUGCUUUGCAACAACUUGUCCUUCUGAUGGAAAGCCUGUGUGGUCAACUGAUGGCGUAGAAUGUUAUGUGGACACAAAUCUAUGCAAUCAGCAGAUACGUCAGUGUUUACGCAAAAUUAAUAAUGAACGUGAACUUACGCCAACAUCGAAAGAGAGUUGUCAAGAACGAUGCACACGGGCUUGCGCACGUCUAUAUGAGCCAAUUUGUGCUAAACGCAAUGGUGUUGAACGAACUUUUCCCAAUGAAUGUGUAUUGGAAAAUCAUAUUUGUAGGACUGGAGAAUUUUACUUCGAUCGUACACCAGGAAAGUGCGUCAAGACUGAAGUGAAAACACAAUAAUAUACAUUAAUAUAGAUAAUUAAAAUAAAUUUAAAAAAUUAAAUUAUAAUUAAAUAAUUAAUAUUCA